AUGACUCAAGAGGAGACGUGGGGACCAAACAAGAGAAUGGACAACGAUGUGAGGAAUAAGAAGGAAGGAGAAUAUAGAUUCGAGGAGUUGAGGCGUAAAAUCAAAUGAUUCUACUAAACCGAGCAAGAGUCCAAACUAAUCAGGCGUUAGCAUAAUGCUGCUAUAGAAAAGCCGGGAAGCGAGAGGGAGCGCUGUUACUGGCACUUGUUGGGGUUGACGGAGGUCGCCGUCCCGCUUCACAGCCCUGUGGCUACUGCUGAUGACAUCGGCAUCAAUUAG